AGGCAGUCAGAAGAAGGACGCCGAAGCGGGCACAUGUUCGGCGGCAUCCAGGCAAACUCUCCUCCCUAACUUUUUCUUACGGUGUUUUUAUUGACGUGUGUUGAGAUAAAACGAUAAUUAACGAUCCUUUGACACCAGUAGCACCAGAAAAUACCUGUAAUAGACGUGGAGAGCAAGGAAAUAAGGUUGAAAUGAGGCCGUGAAGGGAGGAUCAACAGGCCGCGUAAAGGGACCCCCAAGGAGCCCAUGGGAGAAUUUCACUCGUGUGUGUAUAUUUAGGGUUUUAAGGAGGCCUUGACACCUGGACAUACCUGUAAUAGACGUGGAAGGCAAGGAAAUAAGGUCGAGGGUGUGAGGUCAGGUCGUGUAGGAAGGACCAACUGACCUCCUAACCUCUUUUUACAGUGUUUUUAUUGACCUAUGUGGGGAUAAGACGGUAAUUGAUUAUGCCUUGACACCUGUAACACCUGGAAAUACCUGUAAUAGACGUGGAGGACAAGGAAACAAGGGUCAAGUGAGGUCGUGGAGGGAGGACAUCUGACCUCCUAAGCGGACGGCCAAGAAGACCAUGGAGGACCUUCAGGAUCCCACGGUGGUCCUCACGGCGCUCAAGGACUGGAAUAUGCUGGUAGGGGGCCCCAGGGUGUCCUCAGGGGGCAGGGGGGUGUCUGGGGGUCGCCGGCUGGACUUUCGUGUCUCCGGGAAGGCCUCCUUCCCCUCCUCCCCUGUGUCCCCAGACCUCCCCAGGGGACAGAAGAGGAACCUGGACUCCCUGGUGGGCUUUGACGUCACCAAGAGGUUCCGUGAGAAGGACCAUGAGAUCGUCAACACUCGAGCCACGGUCACCAGGCUGGAGGGGCGCCUGCACGAGAUGGAGCUGGCACACAAGAAGAGCAAGCUGGAGGCUGAUGCAGAGAUGAAGGCCUUGCACCACAGACAGCAGAGGGACAAAGAACUGAUUGACGACCUCCAGCACAAACUAAAGAAGCUGCAGAAGGCCAAGGAGGAAGCCCAGGAGAGCGUCAAGAGUGCCCGGGCACAGUGGGAUACCGCCAGCUUGGAUGCCGGGUCACGGGUAGUCAAACUGCAGCAGACACACUUGGAGCAGACCGCCGAGAUGCAGGAGAAGAUCACCAGCCUCCAGGAGAAAGUGUUGAGUCUGGAGAAGGAGGUGGCUGAGAAGUCUUCCAAGAUGACCCUUGCAGAAGAGCAUGCAGAAAAUGUGGAGGCUCAGCUGAAGGACUUGCAGGAGAGACUGAAGAAGGCAGAGGAGGCCAAGUUCCAGGCAGAGGACCAGAAGAUGCAGCUGGACCAAGCCUUAGCAAGAAUCAAGGAGUUGGAGAUCCAGCAGGAGGACCUUCAGGGCGCCAAGCAGCAGCAGGGUGUGUUUGAGGCGGCCAUGCGCAGGAUGCCGGCCAUGGAGAAGGAGCUGGCCAAGGUCAGGGAGGACAACAAGUUCUUCAGGGACACAGCCAGAAACACACAGCUUCUGGAGGAACAGCUGACCAGUGCGAUGCAGCAGGUCAAGCAGCUGGAGAGGCGCUGCGAGGAUGCCGCCAGCCAGCAAGCCAAGGCAGAGCUAUACAAGCAAUCACUGGACAAGUUUGAGACGAUCGUGAGCGAGGAGUUUGGUCUUGAGCGUUACGGCACCCCAGAGGACCUGCGCCUGCACCUGACCCAGCUGAGGCAAGGCGACAAGGCGCUCACCGACAGCCUGGCUCAGCUGCGUGCAAGUCACAAGUCCCUGGAAAGUAGCCGUCAGCAGGAGGUCGAGGAGCUAAAUUUCUUGAAGACCAAGCUCAACAAGAUGGACCAGACCGCACAGUUGAACGCACAGCAGCUCAAGAGACUCCAGCGCAGGCUCUUCCUCGUCACAAAGGAACGUGACGGCUUGAAAGCUAUCCUGAGCUCCUACGAGUCCGAGCUGACCAUCAACUACUCGGCGGUGGGGCAGGAGCGUGUGCGUGGGCUGGAGCGUCAGGUGGAGUUGUACAAGCAGGAGGUGGACAGACUUCAUGGCGAGUUGCAGGAGUUCUCGAGCUCUGAUGCCCCGACUGCGACUGCUGCUGCUGCUGUUGCUUCCUCUCAGAGGAAGGAGGACGCUGAGAAGAUCGCCAAGCUGGAGGAGAAGGUGCUGGGUCUUGAGGAGGAGGCGGGGAAGCUGAGGCAGGAGAAGGAGGUGCUGGAACUGCGCCUGGAACACCGCACCCUCAAGGGGGACUACGACCCAACCAAGACCAAGGUGCUGCACUUCAGGGACAACCCACACACCCGGGCUCUGGAGAACAGGAAGACGGAGAUUGAGAAGCUUCAAAAGGAGAACGAGGCGCUGCAGGAGCGGAUCAGGCUGCUAGAACAGGGCGAGACGGAGGACCUCACACAGCGGGUCGGCGUAAGGGUGGCGGCGGAGUCCCACAAGGAGAUCAUGGAGCUCCAGGAGAAGGUGUCGCAGCAGGAGAGGAAGAACAAGCGUCUGAUGGAGGUGUUCCAGCGUAAGUCCCGUGAGAUGCGUGAGAUGGUGUACCGCCUCACAGGAUACCGGAUGGACAUGCUUGGCGAGAACCAGUACAAGCUGAUGCACAUGUAUGCUGAGUCCCCUGAUGACUACUUCCUGUUUGAGCACACACCAGCAAAGGAGCUUCAGCUGCUGGAGACUGAGUUUUCGAGCACACUGGACGACCUCAUCGACGCUUACCUCAGGCAUGAAAACUCCUACCCGGCCUUCCUCUCGGCUGUCACCCUGGACCUCUUCAACAGGCAGACCAAGUACCACGGCCCCUCCUCCAGCGAAGAAGAGGAGGAGGAGGAGGACAAGAAAGAUAAGAGGGCUGUGGGGAGAGGGAAUGGUCAGAAUAAUGAUGAAGAUGAUGAUGACGACGACUUAGUGAUCCUUGAUUAGCUUUUACUUGUGUAGGCCAGUAGUGCAGUGUUUUAUGGAAGUGUAUAUUUUUAAUCUAACAUGAGACUAAAACAUUAA